AUGCUCCACAUGCAGCAGCGCACUUAAACGGCAACAACAAAAAACAAAAUACACAAACGGGAAAUUUCAGACACGAACGGGGAAAACGAAAAGCAAAAAAAAAGUGAAUGUGAUUACAAGUAUUCGUGUGUUGGCCUGACCUGACCAAGAUUCUCUACAUAUGUGAACAUGUUCAUUGCAAUCACCACGAGCUGAGCUGCAAGAAAAAUGCAUUAAAAACAAAAUAACAACAACAACACUCACACACAAAAAGGACGAAAACAACUGGCGAUGCAUCUGCAUCCGCAUCCGCUAUGAGAGCAGCAGAGAGCGAACUAGAAAAGCGAGAGCAUCGACAGCCAAUGCCAAGAAGUUGAGCCCUGAGAGCGACUAAGUACCAACAACUGCCAAUAUGACUAGUUUAACCAGCCUGAGUAUCUGCUGUAGUCUGCUGCUCUUUCUACUAGCAGCCCAGUUGCAAUUGGUUCGAUGCAAAAGAAAAGAGAUGCUCGCCGGUCGCCUGGAAAAUGUAACACAGACGAUCUCAAAAAUACUACAGGGCUAUGAUAUACGCCUCAGACCUAAUUUCGGAGGUGAACCAUUGCACGUAGGUAUGGAUUUGACCAUAGCCAGCUUCGAUGCAAUAUCAGAAGUUAACAUGGAUUACACAAUUACAAUGUACUUGAACCAAUACUGGCGGGAUGAACGUUUAGCGUUUAACAUCUAUGGUCCGUAUUAUGAUAAUGAUGCCGCUGACGAUGGCGUUAACGAUGUCCUGACCCUAUCGGGUGACUUUGCAGAAAAGAUCUGGGUGCCUGACACAUUUUUUGCCAAUGAUAAGAACAGUUUCCUACACGAUGUGACCGAGCGCAACAAGCUGGUGCGGCUUGGAGGAGACGGCGCCGUUACAUAUGGCAUGCGGUUCACCACGACACUCGCCUGCAUGAUGGAUUUGCAUUACUACCCACUGGACUCACAGAACUGCACCGUGGAAAUUGAAAGCUAUGGCUAUACUGUCAGUGAUGUGGUCAUGUAUUGGAAGCCAACACCAGUACGCGGCGUGGAGGACGCCGAACUGCCUCAAUUCACUAUUAUUGGCUAUGAGACAAACGAUCGAAAAGAGCGACUGGCUACUGGAGUAUACCAGCGACUAUCGUUGUCCUUUAAACUGCAGCGAAAUAUUGGUUACUUUGUGUUCCAGACGUACCUGCCCAGUAUACUUAUUGUCAUGCUGUCGUGGGUCUCAUUCUGGAUAAAUCACGAGGCGACUAGUGCCCGUGUUGCUCUCGGCAUUACAACGGUGCUAACAAUGACCACAAUUAGCACUGGUGUCCGGAGCUCUCUGCCACGCAUCUCCUACGUGAAGGCCAUCGAUAUUUACCUAGUCAUGUGUUUCGUUUUCGUAUUUGCCGCCCUACUUGAAUACGCGGCUGUCAAUUACACAUACUGGGGCAAACGGGCCAAAAAGAAAAUCAAAAAGCUUAAGGACUGUGAUCGAGGAAAACUAGGUAAAAAUGAAAAAUCCGAAACGUGUUCAACGACUGAGGACAUAAUUGAGCUGCAGGAUGUACGCAUGAGCCCUAUACCUUCGUUACGAAAAGGUAACUACAAUGCUACCCUCGGCUCCAUUGGUACCGAGACCAUGGACUUGGCAAAAUUUCCCCCAAGUUUUCGCAUCACACGCAACUAUGGCACAGGACGCAGCCAACUGCGACACCGUGGCCAGCGAGGCAUUUCAGCAAGGCCACGCAUGUUGAAUGCAUUGAAGAAGAGUGCAUCUGCUCUGAAAGCCACUAUACCAAAGAUCAAAGACGUCAAUAUCAUUGACAAGUACUCGCGUAUGAUAUUCCCGAUUAGUUUCUUUGCAUUCAAUCUUGGCUACUGGCUUUUUUAUAUUCUGGAGUAAAAUCUUUGCCUGGGAAGCCAACAGAAAGAAAAACAAAUACCAACUGUUCCAUUUUCGCAGUCCUGUUACCAUCUUAGUCUUAGCCCAUUAAGAGCAAACUGUAUUCGGAUGCUUUCUGUACAAGCAUUUAUACUUAGAACCAAGAAUAAUAUAUGUAUGAAUUUAAAAAGA